GGAUUACAGACAUGUGCCACUGUGGCCGGCUGGGGCCUGCAUUUCUAAAGGCCCCAACUGGAGUUCCCUGAGAAAUCAGGGGACCUACAGCCUGGUCCCAGGGGAUCUGGGACAGAACUGGGAGAGCAAAGGUAGGAUAUGUGGAGAGCAAGAUCCACCUGGGAAGGUCCUGGUCCAUCAGAGUCCAGCCCUCACCUGCGCCCUGCUUCUGGACCCCUGAAGGGAGCAGGAGCUUCCCUAGAGAUAGGCUGCAGCCCCUCAGCCCCAGCCCCCCAGACCAAGACCCUGCCUGGAGUGGGCAGGGAACGUCAGCAGGCUGGGCCCAGAAAGGGAGGCUGAGGCCACACAGAUCCCUUCUCUCCUGGGCCUGGGCCUCUGGGGACUGUUGUGGGCUGUGAUUCCCAAGGUUCUGGGCCUCACAUGGGCCCUUAAUCAGCUGAGUCAGGACAGGUUUAAGGUGGAAGCUGAGUGGGAGGGUUAGGGUUAGGGUUAGUCAAAUACCCAGCAUACACGUGCUGGGUAUUUGCAGGAACCUCAAAUUCCUGCCUGGUUUUCCUUAAAAAGCCCAGGUCUCUCUCGCCUUUGCUGUGGUGACUGGGUGCCCUGAUUGGAUAUUUUCUUCCCAGAGGAAACUUCAACAAAGUGUCUUGUGGGAUUUGGGGUUUACCAGAUCUGCGCCUUGGAGGCCUCAUUCAGCUGUGUGCACACAGUCCACAGGGAUCCCGUGUGCACAUGCGUGAACACACACACACAGGUGUUGCCUUCCCUCGCCCCACUCUUGCAGGGGGCUUUGGAAGAAGAGGUUCCUCCCCUGCUUAUCAGCUGUUUCCCAACUUCCUCUGCCUGCGGACCCUGGCGGCCCGGAGGCCCGGGAGUUGGCCUGUGCACGUGGCUUCCGGAGCUCCGAUAAUGAGAGGAAAUGCGGUCAUCAGCUCACAGAAGGCUAGGAAUCUGGGGCUGCAGCUCCAUUCACUGCUCCCUGGCUGAACCGUCCAUCUCCCUCCAGACAGCCCUCGGCUGUUCCCUGGGAACCCGUGGACCCAGCGGGAGAUGUCUUCUUUAGGUCGCUGGGGCCUACACGCGGCCCUUCUCGCCCUGCUCUGCUGCUCAGAGUCUGGUGAGGCAGCGUUCGAGGUACACAUAUGGCCAGAGAGGCUGGUGGUAGAAAAUGGAGGGUCCAGGACAGUCAACUGCAGCACCAGCUGUGCCAACCCCGAUACGGGAGGCCUGGAGACCACCCUGGAAAAGACUCUGCUGGAGGAUCAGCCUCGGUGGAAGUCCUUUUGGAUCUCAAACGUCUCCUGGGACUCGGUCCUCUUUUGCUACUUCACCUGUGCUGGGGAGCAGCAGUCAAAGAGUCUCAACGUCAGCAUGUACCAAUUUCCACAGCAGAUCAUACUGCAGCUGCAGCCCGUCUGGGUGACCCUGGGCAAACCUUUCACUAUUGAGUGUAGGGUGUCCGCUGUGAAGCCCCUCGAGAGCCUCACCCUCACCCUGCUCCGUGGCAAGGAGACCCUGCACAGCCAGACCUUCAAUGGGGGAGCAACUGACCCUCAAGAGGCCAGAGUCACAUUCAACAGCACAGCAAGCAAAGAGGAUGGCCUCCUGAACUUCUCCUGCCAGGCCGAGCUGGACCUGCGGUCUCGUGGGGGCGACAUCUUGCGCAACAUCUCAGAAAACAAGGUCCUUCAAGUCUAUGAUGCAUACAAACCCCAGGGAAGGAUUCUGGUUCAUCUUGAUUCACACAUCCAGCUUUUGGACCAACCACUAUGGGCAAGAGGACUGGCCAGACAUGGGUGGUGAAAGGCCAAGGUUUGUCGUCGGAGAUUAAAAUGCACACACACAGAUAGCAGUGACAAAGAUGAAGCACCUUAUUGCAAGCUGGUGCUAGCUUAUAUAGAAAGUGAGAGUCAGUUAUCUUAAACCAGGAAGCUCCCGGGGCCAAUCAUAGUAAAGAUCAGGUCAUCACGCUCGCACGUCCGCCCUGCAUAAGAUUCAAGGGGAUCACGAACUGUUCACAAGUACGGAAGAUGACGGGAGGACCAAUUAGUGAAUUUUCAAAACAACUUGUUAUCCGCCCACUGGCAAUUUGCCCGCUGCCAUGUCUGAAAGGCCCGGGGAAUUCUCAGGGAGACUCCCAACAGGUGGCAUCUCCAUCCCUGAGUCAAGGGUAGGGUGAAAUCAGCAGCCCCCCAGAAUGACAGAUUUGGAGUAGGGGAGAAUCAGAUACCUAAAGAAAGGAGGAAUACCGUUCCCAGGAGAGAGUGCAAUUCUUUCCCCCUGGGCUAUGAAAUAAAGUCAUAUUUAACAAAGAGUUUUGAUUUCCAAUCGACCCCAUCCCAAUCCAAAUGACACUUUGUGCAAAUUAGAAAAAUUAACGCCUUCCCUGAGACAUUUGUACUACCAUCUGCCUGAAAAUUAUCAUGGUAAAUAAACUAAUCUAUGGCGACCUCAAA